ACUGAAAGUAAAACUAUCUUUAGAGGCAGGAAAACUAUCGAUAACCUAGUGGCACGACCAUUAACUCCCCGAACAUCGUGGAGAACAAACCAUUAAUUUAGUCAUUGUAAUGAAAAACUAUGCAUAUUGUUAACGUAAGUUACGCUGUUAUGUGACUAGAAAUGAAGUAGCUGCUACACUAUUCAUAUGGCUCUAUCAGUAUAGCUAAGUCGCAAAUGCAGUUAGCGAUAGCAUUACUAGCUAAUAGACAUGAACGCCAAUAGAAAGCUAACUGAAGAGUUUGUUGGCUAGCAUGCGAUAGAAGUAACGUUACCAAAGACUUUCAGUGUAAGUUACUGACAAUAUUUUAAUUUAACUUUUGUUAUUGUUGGUCUUGUUGGAUAUGCCCUUCUGUUUAAUACUACGGUAGGCCGUAUAUUUGGGCAAAUCAUUGAAAUAGCUAUUAGCUAACGUGACAACAAAUCACCAGUAUAACGUUUCAACUAGCUAUCAGUAACUGCCAUUACUGUAACAGUAGUAAACGACAGGUCGCAUGCUUUCUAAAGUGAUCUAGAGCUAAGGCAUUGUGCCGCGUUAUGGUCCAAUGCUCCACACAAUUCAUCUAAGACUUACUUAACGUUAAUAAGGAUUGGUAACACUACCUGGCUGAAAGACGCAGCCAACAUCAACAAGGAUAUAAGACACGUUUCCUGGCUGAAAUACACCGUUACCUUUGACAACCCUGAACGUUGCACCGUCGAAAAUCAGUAUUUAGGAACUAGUUGUAGGUGAUUUCCCCACAUGUCUUUGUGUGCGUAUUUAGAUCUUACCCGUAAACGAAACUAAUUAAGUUUGACAAGGGUUUACAGUUUCCAUUGUGCUCUUGACUUUUGCCUAUUGUUUGUUUAAUUUUUAAUGAGUUCUUACUCAACAUGCAGAAUCAAUAUACCAGCUAGUCAGUGCCUUCAGUUGCGAAAAAGAAUCCUUCUCUCUCUGAAGUAGACUGUUAUAACGUCUUUUAUAUAGCUUACUGCCCUUAAGCAAUGGAAGGAAAGACGGACCCUGAGAGCCAUUGUACAGAUUUAAACUUGGUGGGGACAAACGAUCAUCUCCUUAAACCAUUUCAAGCUGAUGGAAAAGAUUCUGCAUCUACUAAAACCUGCAAUCACAAUAAGAAGUCUACAGAUAAAAGUGAUGAGAAUGUCAUUGAUAACUCUCCAUUAGUAGCUUCUGACAUGGACUCUGAACGUGACAGUGGGUCAGCUGAGCCUGCAAUUGUUGACCAGCCUGUCAAUCAAGUGGAUUCUCCCAGUGGACAGAAGCCUUCCAAACCAUGCUUAUCAGACUGUAGAUCUUCCGGCAUUCCCACCGGGGAUAGCCCCAGUCUAUGUCUAAGUUUAAAUGAAACACCAUGCAUUUCUCAGGAUGUGGAAAUGUUAAGCCCAGAGAGCUCCAUGUGCAAAGACUCUCUGGAGGGGACUUGUGCUCAAGUAGAAACAUGUAGUGCUUCCUGUCUAACAACAGGGCUAAAGACUUCAGACAGGUCAGACACAAGUGCCAAAGAGCAAAUAGUGAGCUGACAGAAGAAAGAAGAGACAAACUGUGGAGGGGAACAUCCGUUGAUGAGCUUAGGAGGAUGCCAUUGUGUGGUCAUCCAUUGCCCCAUUUGAAGGCUGCACCCAGUCAUUCUGUAAUGAUCAGUAAUCUGUAAUGAUUCUAUCUUAACCCGCAGCAUCCUAGCUCCUUUUGUCGCACUGGCAUGUCACAUCUAGAUUUCCCUUAAGCACUAGUGGAUAACUUUGUUUAAGUAAAGAGGGGACGGCCUUUACAUGCAUGGGAGUAGGCAGGAAAUGAAUGUGUCACUCCACUUUCUGUCACUCUCUUACAGCCUGAC